AUGAAUAUUUAACUUCGUAAACCCAAAAAUAAAAGCCAGAAGUUCAAGAAAUGGUUUGUUGAAUUAAUUAAUUUGAGAUAAUUGCUCUAGAUCUUGAAACAUCAGAAAAAGGAUAAUUUUCAUACUUGUACUGGUAUUGUUUGGUUGAGAAAUUGA